GUAUAAUGGUUUUAUAUUACAUGUAUAUGUUCGAAAAGUCUGUCAAAUGUCUCUGAAGCCAAUAAACAGUGAAAUUUUCUUUAGAUAGUCAUUCGAUUCGGACGGCAUAAUGGCUGACAAUCUGAUUCAAAAGUCACAUAAAAGUAGUGAAAAAAACAAGUAUAACAACGUCGUCCAUCGCACUACAAGUGAAUCUCUUCGGCUGAACGAGUCGGAGAAGGGAGUGACUCACCCGACAAGUCUUCAAGCCGCCCAUAACCCAAGGAAAAUAUCUUCGUUUCAGAUCACCAGUGUGACAGUUGGGUCUCGGGUGAGCACUGAUGCGGGCGAGGACUCUGCCGACGAUCUAGACGAAUCUCACACCGACGACAUCUCGCGGGUGACCGACAUAGAGAAUGAGACGCCCAGCUACUCGGAGGACACCUUCUCGAAAGACGACGUGUUCUACAACGCGAGCAGCACGUCGCUAGGUUGCGCGCCCGUCAUCCCGACCAGCACGCAGUACGGGCUCGCCAUCGUCGGUCAGGAGCCCGCGCCCAACCAAGGAUCCGUGCCAAAUAGCAAUAGCUCUGAAGUGAAUGACAUGCACGUUAGUGUUACCAACGCUGGUUCAGGCAGCAUUAUCAAUCUAAUAGGGAAUGCGAAACCACAGGAAGGUAUGAAAGAAAUUCAAGAACAUGUUAGGAAUGAAAGGUUUAAAGUUGUUAAAAUAGAAAGCACUGAGCCUUUCCGCAGAGGCCGUUGGAUGUGUAUGGACUAUUUGGAUCACACAACUCAACAGAAUCCUCCUAUUACAUUGAAUAACAACUUGGACACUACAGAGACCACUUUGCAAGCUCCCGACAGUGGUGUGGUGAUAAAUGAUAGUCAACAUGAUGACAUGUGUAAUGAUCUGACUAAUAGAGGGCCUAAAGAUAUGCAAGGUAAUGCUCCUGUUGUUCAACAACUGGAUCAAAAUGUACAGAAACAAUUCCCUAUGGCUUCCCCUGGUCAGUCGCUGACGCAGCCCAUUAAUGUUGUGCAGCAACAGCUCCCUGUUGCUCAGUCAGUGUCGGUGCAGUCUCCUCCUUUAGAAAAGCCUCAGCAAUUAACUAAUCAAACUAUGCAGAAUAAUCAGCAAGUGGCUCAACAACACCCACAGAGUAUGACACAUAUAACCAUGCAAAAUCCAGCACAGAGCCACCCGCAGCCUACACAACAGCAGCAACAAGUGCAACAAAUUCCACAGAGCUUCCCUCAGCACCAAUUGCAACAAGUUAUUUCUCAGUCGCAAGGCAUUCCCAUGCAACAGAUACCCAUGCACCAGCAAAUGCCGCAGCAGAUGCAGCAAAUUCCUAACCAACAGAUGCAGCAAAUGAAUCAGCAUAUACCACAAACACAAAUUCCUAAUAUGCAGCAAAUGCAACAGCAAAUUCCCCAAAUGCAAGGCAUGCCUAAUCAGGCACAGAUCGCCCAAGUACAGACACAGCAGCCGCAGAUGCAACAGAUGCAGCAAAUGCAAAUGCAAGGCCAGCCGAACCCUCAGCAAUUGCAUCCGAUGCAACAGGCCCAAAUGCCAAACAUGGCACAGACACAUCAUUUACAAGGACAGCAGACUAUGGGAGGGCAGCAGCCCCAACUCCAACAUAUGCCGAGUCAGGCACAAAUUCAAGCUCUUCAAAAUCAACAAAUACCAAAUCACAUACAACAGAUGCAAAUGCCGACUCAGUUGGCUGGAGCCAACCAACAGAUGCCGCAGAUGCAAACUCAAAUGCACCAGCUGUCUUCGCAGCCUCAGCAAGUACAGAUGCACACACAAUUACAACAACAGGGCAUGUCUGGUGUCCAACCGCAAUACAACCAGGCAGUCAAUCAGCAGCCGGCUCAGGCAAUGAUCAACGCCACUAUGCCAUCUUCUCAACCUCAAAUGGUUCAGCCUCAGCACAGUGUUCCACAAUACCACACGCAGCCAUCACAGAUGAGCCAGCAAGGGCAAACUCUACCACAAGAAGUGCUGACAAGUAUCGCCACAUCACAGCAAGGUGCCACUCUACCUUCGAAUCUUCAGCCUAUGGCCAACCAGCCACAGGGGUCGACGUUACCUGCGAAUCUCCAAAGCCUAGCCAGCCAACAGCAGCAAAAUCCUGUUCAUAUUGCUCCGCAGCAAGGAAAUGUGCCUCAAGGUAACAUGCAGAUGAUGGCUCAGGCACCUCAGAAUAUGCAGAUGACUCUAGACGGGAAUCAGCCUAGUAUGCAGAUACCCGCCUCAGAUCCGAUGUUCAUGCAGCCGGGGACCGUUGCCCCGACAAUGCCACAACACAUAGCGCAGCAGGGCAUGCUGCCACAGCAGCCCGCACAGCUUGGUGUGCAAUAUGUGCCUGGGCAAGCCGUGCCACAAGUGUCAUUGGCUCAUCAGAACAUUCCCAUGUCCAUGCAGCAGACGAUGCCGGUGAUGGGCGCUCCAGUGCACCCGAACGUCGUCCAAUCACAAACCAGCAUGGGGCUCACGUACGGCGGGGUCGUCCCCGUCAUGUCGCAAAGCAGCGUCGCGCCGGUCGAAUCCACGGUGUCCGGGACUAAUUCGCCAGUGGUGUCUCUGCCGGUAAGCUCGACGGCUUACCCGGCUAACCAUGACAGUUCAAGUUUCGGAAGCCCUGUGAGUGGUGUGGUGUCUCACGCGAUCAGUGGCUCGGUGAUGAGCAGUGUUAACGUGGCGUGUGAAAGUGCCGAGGUGCCUACGGAGCCUGCAGCAGGGGACACCGGCGACGGCAAGGAGGAGCCUACUGCCUCCGCCAAUGAGGAUGAAAGUAUCAGCGGGCUGGCGCUGGCGCUCGGCAGCAGCGGUGCGGGCAGCCCCUCGUCCACGGAGCCCCGGGAGCAGACCGCAACGUCCUCUCGCGCUCCCUCGCCACCGCCCUCCGAGAGGCAGCCCCACACCAGCGCAUCGGGCACCAGCGCGGUGGCCAUCGACAACAAGAUCGAGCAAGCUAUGGAUCUGGUUAAGAGCCACCUGAUGUUCGCGGUGCGCGAGGAGGUGGAAGUCCUCAAGGAGCGCAUCGCCGAACUGAUGGAGAGGAUCAACCAGCUGGAGGUGGAGAAUACGUACCUGCGCGCGCACGCCAGCCAGGACACGCUGGCAGCGCUGCCGGCGGCGGGCGCCAAGCCGCCGCCCGCGCCGCAGGGCCCGCAGCCGCCCGUGUCGUAGGGCCCGAGGCCGGCCCGCUGAACCCUCCCCCGGGCCCCGCCCGGCCCCUCGGCGCGCGACCCCAGCCGGCGCCGCACACGGUACACGGUGCCGCGCCAGGGAGUCACUAUGGCUGUGCUAUGUUAGACGUAGGUUUACGAGGAUCGAGUCCACGCCACCGGUCGAGCGCCGAGGGCCGCGAGCCGGCACGCAGCCGCGCGUGGCACGUGCCGGCGCCGCGCCGCCGCCGCCGGCACUCUUGUAUAUGUUGGAGACAUUGCCGGCGCGCUUCAUGAGCCUCUCACUAUUAAAGCUUACAUAGAAGAUAUAUUUUUCUGUUACUAAUCAUAAGAGUGCAGAAUUCGUGCUAACUGCCAUGCUUACGCUACGCAUCUCGGCGACGAGUAGGGUUUCGAUGUAAAACGUCUACCUAUAUUUUUAUUGCAGUUUAAAAGUUUAGAUAUCGCUAUCCACAUAAUAUAUUCCAAUUAAGAUUAUCUGUAAGACGUGUGUUUAUAAUAGAUGUAAUGAAACAGCUGAAUAUCUUACGCAUUGAACAAGGACUGUGUGUUAAUUUAUUUUUACAUUUUUUGUAAUGUUUAAGUUAUUUAUCGAGUUUUACCUACUGAGUUACUGUGAAUUGUAUGAGUUGUUCCUCCAUUGAGAGUAGUGUGUGGGGCGUGAGGACACUGGGCCGCAGCUCCGGCUGAAUGUGUAGCUGGCGAUCGCUGGCUUUAGUCAAUUUGCACGCAAUCUGCAUAUAAAACUAUUUAAUUCCAACCCUAUAUCAGUAAUAGAGAUUAUAGCGAUUUAACAUUGUAUUUUUUUAAUGUUUUAAAUUGUUUGUAUAUAGUACAAGUUGUAAUAGAAUUGUGAGUCGGAAUGGUGUAUAUAAUGUGAAAAGAAUGUGAUGAAAGCCGACUCCUCAGUCUGCCUUCCUAGGAAAUGUCGUCGACGAGUCGUAUAUCUAAAUGUAUUAAGUUAAAAAAUACGCUGUAUUUAGCUUCGUUGUUGAUCGAACAAAGUGGCUGGGGACUGAAUGGUCGGUCGUUGGCAGUGAGAGAGUGACGAAAGACAGGGUUCGUAGUUAGUGAAGCCAAAGCGAGGAAGAACGUCCCAGCAAGGAAUGUCAGUCUUAGUGUAGUAUUUUGUACAACGUUACUAUGUAUGUGUAUAGAUGAUUGGUCCUCAUAAUUAUUGUGAAUAUACAGUAAUUUACUCUUAAAAGCAUUACUCUAGUACUAGAUAUGAAUUAUAUUAUAUGAUACUGAAAUUUGUAAAUAUACUGUAAACAGAAUGUCCAUUCUAGCUUAUGUUGACCAGAAAGGUUCCUCAUACCCAAUAAAUAAACGCAAAACUACUCUA